UCUAAAACUUUUAGACGAACGGUUCAUUUUUACAGAAUUAAGGAGCCAGUAUAAAUACAGCGAUGAUGCGUUUUUCAAUAAACUUCAAAUUUGCUUUUUUGCACCUCGUUUGCCCUUGAAUUUUCAAAACAUUGAUAUCCUCUUUGCUGAUGGUCUACUAUAUAUAUGAAACUUGUCACAAGACUCGCGUGAACAUCCUUGAUAAAUUAUCCUCUAGUGCGUCAUUUCCAACUAUUCUUGUCAUGAAAAAAAAAGUGGUUAAAGGCGUAAGCAACCGACAGAAAAAUCCAUAAGUAGUUCGGCGUGUGAUAGUAAACAAUAACAGUUUUAGCACACACAUCAUGGAUUAUUCAAAGGGUACAUUUACACUAAUUGAUUAUGUAAUUUUUGCAUUAAUGCUUGUUUUUUCUGCAAGUGUUGGUGUCUAUUAUCAUUUUGCUGGAGGUCGGCAAAAAACAAGCAAAGAAUAUUUCCUGGCGAAUAAAAAUAUGCCUAUUAUUCCUGUUGCUUUCUCUCUAAUGGCAAGUUUUAUGUCUGCAAUUACCAUUCUUGGUUUAGCAGCUGAGAAUUAUAUGAAUGGAAGCCAGUUUGUAAUAAUAAAUAUUGCAUAUAUAAUUGGAACACCCAUAGCUGCUUAUGUCUUUCUACCAGUAUUUUAUCAAAUGCAAGCUACAAGUGCUUUUGAGUAUCUUGAAAAACGUUUUAAUAAAGAAACUCGUCUACUUGCCAGUUCAAUUUUCAUUUUACAGAUGGUUAUAUACAUGUCUAUUGUUUUAUAUGCUCCGGCACUCACUCUGAGUGCUGUUACAGGUCUAUCGAAAUGGACUUCAGUAAUGUCCAUUGGAGUUGUUUGCACAUUUUACUGUACAAUAGGUGGCAUGAAAGCUGUUCUUUGGACUGAUUUGUUCCAGUCAUUGUUAAUGUUUUCUGCCGUUUUUGCUGUCAUUGCCAAAGGAACAAUAGAUGUUGGAGGUUUUUCUGAAGUUUGGAGGCUUGCAGACGAAGGGAAAAGAAUUGAGUUUUUUAAUUUUGAUCCAGAUCCAACUAAACGGCACACUGUAUGGACUCUGGCUGUAGGAGGAAUAUUCACAUAUGUAUCAGUUUAUGCAGUAAAUCAGGCUCAAGUUCAGCGACUUCUUACAGUUAAAAGCUUGAAAGAAUCUCAAAUGGCCUUGUUUUUGAAUUGGCCUCUCACAAGUCUCCUAAGCCUUACUGCAUCAUUUGCUGGCAUUGUUGUUUAUGCAAAUUUAGCUAAGUGUGAUCCUAUUUUGCGAUCUGAAGAAACUCAUAUUGAAAAAGCUGAUCAGAUUCUACCCUAUUUUGUGAUGAUAUCACUCACAAUGUUCCCAGGUCUUCCAGGUUUGUUUGUGGCAGGAGUGUUUAGUGCAUCUUUGAGUUCAGUAUCUUCUGCCAUUAAUUCAUUGGCUGCAGUGACUGUAGAAGAUUUUCUUUAUCCUUUAUGUUUCCAUCAUAUGUCCGAGAAAAGAGUCAAUUUUUUUACAAAACUUAUAGCACUUUCAUAUGGAAUUCUUUGUAUCUUGCUUACAUUCAUUGUUGAUCAUUUGGGAGGAGUGCUACAAGCUGCUCUUUCUUUAAUUAAUAUUGUUGGGGGACCAAUGUUAGGCCUGUUUUCUUUAGGAAUGUUCUUUAGAAGAACAAAUGUAAAGGGAUCAGUAAUUGGAUUUUUAGUCAGUUUGUGCCUGUGCUUCUGGAUUGGCAUCUCUGCCGUCAUGCGUUCUCAAAAGAUAAGAAUGGAUCAUCGGUCUACUGAGGAAUGUCCUACAAAUAGUUCCAGUAGUAUCAUGCAGUUUUCUAUUUACAAUUUUGCUAAUGAAACUUUUGAUGACAAUGCAACUAUUUCUACCAUGGAUUUUUCUGCAAAGGAGGAUGAAUACAUAUUUCCACUAUUGAAAUUAUCAUACAUGUGGUAUGCAGGUUUUGGCUACAUUGUAUGUAUUGUGGUUGGCUAUUCUACAAGUUUAAUAUGUGGCAAAAGAAGAUAUGUUAAUCCUGUGUUAUUGAGUCCUUUUGUACAAUCUAAGUCUUCCAUAAAAGAGCCAAUAUCAGAAGUUUUACAGUUGGAUGAAUGUACUUGAUAUUAUUAUUCAAUUAUUCCAUCUUUUACACUUAUGUCUAUUUUUUACAAUUAUACCAUGCAACAUAAUAUGUUUUGUAUCAUAUAAAAUGGACUGGUGUUCCUUAUACAUCUUUCUUUAUUGGUCUUCCUUAUCAGUCCAUAUAGUGAUAUUGGAGAUUAUAUUUUUGUGUAUGGUAUUGUGCUUACAUAGAACUGUUAUUUAUUAUUUAUCUGAAAUUUGUUUUUACUAGUUUUAUUAUUCAUUAAUGUGUAAAAUGUGAUGCUCUUUCAACAUAGUAUUAUUUGUUUAGUUUUAAGAAAUGCAUUUUUUUUUAAGAAUUCAUUUUCUUUUUAGGCCUUUUCAUUUACAAAGUUUUUGAAAUAUAACAUUUGUUGCAUUAUGUAUAAAGUUCCAUUAAACACCCAUUCUGUAUGACAUUGCUUUAGUUGUAAUGUUUCAGAUAGGACAAAUAUCUCACCAACAUCUAAUUUCUGAAAAAUAUUUUUUACUAAUUGACAAUGAUUUAAAUUCUUGUUAAAAUAAUAUCAAGAAUUAAUCACCAAUAUCAAGAAUUAAUGUUUGCUUAGUAAUCUUUUAUUUUCUUGUACAUAAAAUUUUGAAAUUAUCAAAGAAACUCAGCAUUUUAAACUUCUCAUAGUCUUUUUUGGUAUUAAGAAUGCAUAUUUAAUAUAAUAAAUAGACAUUACAAUGAAUUAGCUGAAUGAAAUUAGAUUGUUAAUCCUGCACUAAAUUUAUAGGUAUAUAAUUUUACUGAUUUGUACUUAAUUUGCUACAAAAAAAAUGUAAUUGUGUUUAACAAUGGGUUUUUAAUGUGAAUGUGUAGCUAGCAGAUGUUGUGGCAGGUAAUUAUUUAUUUUUUAAAAGGUUGCUCAUUUAUUUAUUAUUUGUAAUAUAUUUUUUUUAGUAGAAUAAAGCCUACCAAUGUUGUUUAGAGAAUCUCAGGUGAUAAAUUUUCUUUCAUAUUUAAGAUUUAGAGUUUAUAGUUUAUUGCUUUUUUCAAAAAUCGUAAUAAUUUAAAAGCAUUAAAUUUCUUUAUUGUAUUUUUGAUAGAAAAUAAUAUUUAUAUUAUGAAAAGUUUAUUUUUAUAACUACUUGUGUGUUAUCUAUUUAUUCUUUUACAUAUAAAAUAUAUUAUACAAAUGCUUGUAAUGCAUAUAAGAAAUUUUAUUUUUGAGUGAAAUAAUUUCUUUUAAAGUUUUAUUUAUUGUUUUUGCAACAUUUUAUUGAUCUGUUUUUGUUUGAUGCCUUUUCAUUGAAAUUUUACUGAAGUGUGAUCCAAGUGUUAAUCUCUUCAAGCUGUUUGAUGAAAGCAUUGU